AUGGCUCGUGGAAAAGACAAGAAAAAGCGUAAGUUGGAGAAGAAGCAAGAAGGUGAUGAUGUGCCUAAGAAGGUCCCGCACACGUUGGAAUCUCUCCGCGAGAAAGAUGAGACGAUGCUCGUUAAUGUUGACGACGAAGAGAAAUUGGAGGCACAAAAGGAUAUGGAAUUAGAUGAAUUAUCAUCAUACUAUGAGAAUUCAUAUGAACCAAAAGUACUGAUCACAUACUCGGACAACCCACACAACAAAACCAGGAUAUUUGGCAAAGAGUUGUGUAGAAUUAUACCUAAUUCUAUAUCUAGGUACAGACAAAGAUCUUCAGUAAAGCGCAUUGUCCAAUCAGCAAUUCGUGAGAGUGUAACAGAUGUGAUAAUAGUCAAUGAAAAUCAGAAGCAGCCCAAUGGUUUCCUGCUGAUCCACCUGCCUAAUGGACCGACUGCUCAUUUUCGACUGUCCAGCUGCAAGAUCACACCUGAGCUUAGAAAAGAUUAUAAAGAAAUUACAACACAUAGACCUGAGGUGAUUCUGAACAACUUUAGCACGCGGCUGGGUUUGACGGUGGGUCGCAUGCUGGGCGCUCUGUUCCACUACGAGCCCCAGUUCCGCGGCCGACGCGCCGUCACCUUCCACAAUCAACGAGACUACAUAUUCUUUAGACAUCAUAGGUACGAGUUCACUUCGGAUGGCAAACGUGCUAAAUUGCGGGAAUUAGGACCUCGCUUCACUUUGAAGCUGAUCUCCCUGCAGCAAGGAACCUUCGACUCCAAGCGUGGCGACUACGAGUGGAUCAUUGCAGGCAGGCGACACCAAAUGGAAACAUCCAGAAGAAAGUUCUUCUUAUAA